GAAGCCUUUUCCUCGAUGGACAACUCCUGUACGACUGAGAGCCUACACAGACGUAAAGAAAUAAUAUUGACAUAAUGAUUUAUGUAAAAGAACACACUUUCACUAUUUUUUCACUCUUUACAAUGUACUGCCACAUAAAAUAAUAGAUUAGAAUAAAUUAAUCUAAAAGUAUGCAUUGAGUGCCGCUAAGAAGCUUGUCAUUGUUCUGCAACAAUUACAAAAUAAACACUUAGGCUUUAAUUCAUUGUCAAGAAAAUUCGGUUGCAUGAUCAUGCCUGCUUUUGGAUGUCAACAUGUGGCCCCUUUUUUAUGUUAAAAGGUGUAAUUUACUAACUCACCACUAGAUGACUCGGUUCCAGACAUGUUGCAGACCCGACCACGAUAAGCGAAUUUCCGCUAAGUAGGAUUCAAUAUUAAUAAAUAGAAUAUUUUUAUAGUUAGAGCAUAGAAAACCUGUUUUUGACCUUCUAAAACAGUUUUUAACAUUAUUAGAGCCCUGUAGACAUGAAAUAAAGUCACCUUUAUACUCGUAUCGCCUAAUACAAUAGACAUGAUCAGCGAUAAUAAGACCUAAUAACGCACAUUAUGCACUACUGCUGCCUUUGUUUACACCACAUUGCACAACUCUUACGGGCAGGCUAUGGGAUCUCUUCAGGGACAUAAAAGACCCUGCCAAUUUGAGCAUAGCAAGCUGCCGAACUAACUAGUUAGCCUCCAGUUUAUUUCUUCUAACCUUCAGAAAGGGUUUGAAAUGGAGUGGGGAAGAAGGGCAAAAACUUACCACUUCCACACGGAAUGAGAGUAUAACUUUUUUCACUUAAUCAUGUCAGACAUGCCACGGCUGACUCCAUGCAGUGUUAAGGUCAUGUAAAUGUAAUGUCUCAUCAAUGUAACAUUAUUGAUGCAUAGUGAACAGAAUAUUACAUAUGGUUUGAAGAUGUGCAGUGGGAUACAUUGUUGUUGUCUACGCCCACUGCUAGACUUACCAGCGUUGUUGACAAGAAGCACAUGAUCUAUUUCAUUCUCUUUAUGCUGUCUUGCCAUGUCCACCGUGUCCUUCACACCUUCUUUGGUGCUCAGGUCGACUGAUACACAAUGAACUGUUAGGUCCUGGCCUUCUUUCAGGCUGUGCAUUUCUUCCUUCAGCUCCUGGAGCAACGACUUGGAGCGAGCCACCAGCAGCAGGACGGAACCGAGCUUGAGAUGCUGUGACACCUGGAAGAACACAUGACAUGGUCAAGUUCUGUGCAUUUUUUUUUUUCAUUCCCAAAAAAGUCGACUACUUACAAGGUGCGCCAGUGCCCGUCCGAAUCCCUUGGAGGCUCCAGUGAUGAUGCACAUACACCGUCCUAAAGUGCUGGUGCUUGCAUGAAGGACUUCAGACAUGUCUCCCAAUGUUGUUGAAUUGACAGGAAAGAGGAAGCAAUGCGAAAUGAGGGAGCAGGACCAAGGAUGAGUGUGAGCACUGUGAUGCUUUUAUAGGCCUGUGUGAACAGGCGACACGGAGGGAUUUCAUGCUCUACAUUUUACACUGAAAAGACUUUAAUACUUCAGCUCCUGGCUACGUUUUACACUGGAUACCAUCCCAUCUAAUCAGCACGAGGAUUAUACUUAUAGAUAUUUUAAAACAGCGUACUGCUGUUUUGUAUGUAGCCACAAACUCACUCACAUAUGGAAUUCGGGUUGGUGUUUCUGCUGUUCCCACAAAGCAACACGACUACAUACAGAAAGAUUUGGUCCUGGUUUGACUCAUGCAUGGAAGUUAGAGGUUCCACUUCGACAAACUUUACGUACCAUUGUUCCAUAGAUAAGGCUUGUCUUAUGUACAACGGUCAUUUCCAUGGUGAUGAAGUCAUCCCUCCUCGCUAGUAGUGAUAUGAAAUCAUCCUCAGCAACACUGAAAUCCCUUGGCAGGCUGCCAUGCGCGUGCAAAAGCAAUAUGCGAUGCCCUUAUGAGCUACUUUGAGGCAAUUGUAGCCAAUCUGAGGGGAGAAGAAAGUCAUUUCCAGGAAAGACAUAACAUGAGCAAACUGAGGAAAGGGGCAAUUAACUGAAUAGACUCUUAGGGAAGUACAAUCCUCUUUCACACUGCCCUUACAACCAGCUUUCGUCUGUGUUUCCUGGUUUUGAGGGUAUAGUCAUAGCUGUAACAUAGGACAGCACAUGUGUGAGAAGGAGGUUAAACACCUAAGACUCACUUCUCAUGCAUCAAUCUGCUGAAAGCAAUUGUUGCUGUCAAACAAGUAUUAUACACAUUCUGUGUUGCUGUGUGAACCCCCAACAGUUAGGGCGGUGACCCAUUUGCUGGGUCCUGUGUGAAAUGCAUAAAAUGUGAAAUACCUUUGCUUACCGUUGGUUUUGCAGGAUCUUUGUGUGAAAGAGUUACUUGUGUGUAUCACAUAUAAACAACGUUAACAGAACAAUACACCAGGGGUGUCCAAAGUGUGGGCUCGGGGCCAUUUGCAAAGUGGCCCUUGCAUCCUUUAAUUUUUCACUAUGUGGCUUUUGGUGGAAAAAGAUUGGACACCCCUGCAAUAAACAAAAGCAAGGACAUUGGACACAGGAAGCACAAAAUGUCAAUUCAAUUCUACCAGUCACAGUCUCCCAGGGUUAGAGUUAAUUUCUUGCGUCAUGUCUCCUUGUAGGAUAAGUCCUACUGAUCAUAUUCAUCUUAAGAUGCUUGUGCUUUGUUGGUGUCAGAAGGUCACAUCAGCGCUGCAAUUUGCUGCUUCUUGCAUAAUUAUCUAGACCAGGGGUGGGCAAACUUUUUGACUCGCUGGCCACACUGGGUUAACAAAUUUGGCAGAGGGGCCGUCUAUAUAACAAAUAUGAAACAGAGCGAUAUACUCACGCACGGUGCAACAAAAUAACACAACACACCCACAGCAAGUUAAGGCAUCACAUAAAUCAACUAAUUAACUUAUUUAAGUGCCCACAAGGCAUGCUGGGUACUCCAGCUGCAAUAACAAUAUGAACUAUGAAUAAAAGAGUAUGUGAACAUCCCUCCUUGCUUCCCUGACCACCUCCUCAACAUGUUUUGCAAUCAAGCAGAAAUGGUGACAUGUUGGGAGAGAGAGAGUACCACAAGCUACCCAUCACGCCUUGUGCCGGGAAUAUACAGUAUGGGUGUAAUUUUGGCAUGUUGUGCGUAGGCGUUUAUUUGUAUGCCCACAUGGUGCUGUAGGUAGGUUACAUUGUAUGUUGACGUGUUGUGUUGUUUGGAUCGCUUUUUUGUACAAGCAGAAAAAUUGCGUCUGACUGGUUUCUGUGCGACGCAUGUGUGCCACAGUAGUACUGCAAGUCAUGCUGCCAGCUACAGCUUUGGUGUUAAAGGUUUAAAAAAAAAAAAAAGGAAUCUGGAAACACGGUGGGCCAAAUUAAGUCAUUUGGUAGGCCGCAAUUUGCCCACCCCUGAUCUAGACAGAGCAGGAAAGGGCUGGGAACUUUCCAACUGAAUACGGGAUGUGUACGUUUGUUUCUCAAUAUUUCAAGGGACAUUUGGCAAUGAUGAAUUUUUCGAAUUACAUGCUGAUUUAUAAGACUUAGAUAUUUUUUUUUUGACCCACGAAAUAUGAGAAGUAAGGGAAUGUUUUACUAAUACGGCAUUUUUUUUAUUUUGCAGUGAGGAGACUAAACACAGGAGAGGAGUUCUUCCAAGAUGAUGGCGCCCUCUUGUGGCCAGACGUCUGUAGCAACUUAGGCCCUUCUGCCAAGGGAGAUCACCGACUGGCUGCAAGCCAAAAGGGGGCGUUUGCAUCAUGUUAGCCGGAGGGGCGGGUCCAGAGGUGGGUGUGUGUCUCUCAGCUGAUGCGCGUAUCAACCGAACCGACUCCAUCAUCAGCAUCCGACGCUGACAGCGGUCGAAGUCGCUGCAUCUCCCCAGCAUCACCGACGCGCGGCGGCAUCGCACAAUGCACCGGGCCCACAAGAACCGGGACUGACACCAGAACAAACGACGCCGAACCCGUCUUCCCUGCACGGUUUGCCGAGCUGCAAAAUAAUAAUGUUGGCAGUGGGGUGGCAGGCGAGCAGGAGUUUGCCAUGAAGUCCGUAGGCACGAGGACCACGCUGCCCCGCGCCCCUCCUCUCUCACGCCGUUGCCCUGGCGACCGCAGCUGCAGCGCAGAGCGUCUGCCCCGCCCCCCUGCCACUAUAUCCGACGGGACGGCCUCUAGCGACGAGCGAGGGAGCGUUAGUAUCGGGACCGGGACCUGUACCGACCGCCCCACCGAAACGGCCUCCACCACCAACACGGAAUGUACCAUGACGGCUCCCAACAACAACAACCAGCUGGACUGCGGCAACAUGGCGCUCAGGAGGGAGUGGGAGAGGCAACGCGAACGGGGGAGAGACAGGGACCGGGACCGAGACUGGGACCGGGAGAGGCUGGAAAGGGAGCGAGAGCGGGAGAGGAACAGGGAGAGAGAGCGGGAACGGGUGGAGAGAGAGAGGCUGGAGCGAGAGCGGGAACGAGAACGGGAGAGAGCCCGGGAGAGAGAGAGGGAGAGAAUUGAGAGGGAGAAGAUCGAGAGAGAGCGGGAGAGGGAGCGGGAAAGAGAGAGGGAGAGGGAGCGGGAGAGACUGGAGGGGGAACGACUGGAACGGGAGAGGGAGAGGGAAAUGCAGGCCGCGGGUCUGGAUGUUUGUGGGAACAUCGUGGGCCGAGGAGGAAACGAAAAGAACAGUGUUGGGGUCAACCAGCACCAGCACAGAGAGAUGGUGGCAGCCAGGAACGACGGGGAGAACAAUCCAGCGGGUCACAACCCACCCAAAAUCAUGGCCGUCUCAGGAAAACUGGAGCAGGCAAUGCAGAGAGAUUCUGGCCUGGUUCGUCCCUCUGCCUUCAAACCGGUGGUUCCAAAGAGUUUCCACUCCAUGCAGAACCUGGUGGGCCAGGCAGGCGGGGCUGGCGGUGAGGGCAAAAGCGAGGGGAGGGGAGAGGGCUUCUGUGAGGGAAGAGGUGGUGGCAGGAGAGGAGGCAGGGACGGUGGAGGAGGGGGAGAGUCAGGAGAGGUCCCAGAGGCCCUGCUUCUGGACCAGGAAAGCCCAGUGAGAGUCAGCAGGGGUGAGGGAGCGGGAAAUGGUAACGAGGUGGUUCAGGGAGGUAUGUCCGACUCGGGCAGAAACUCUCUAACAAGCCUGCCCACCUACACGGGCUCGGGAUCUGGUUGUGGACCUCCAGCCGUACUGGGGCCGCUGAGUGCUUCCACGAGCCACAUCAACAGAUUGGGCAUGGCUGGGGCGGCUGCGGGCUUGGACAAGCUGGACAAGCCUGGCUACCAGAACGGGCUUUGCGCCUCAGACAGCGGUCGAUCCUCGUCGGGAAAGAGCUCCUCGUCCUAUCAGAGGCUGAGUCACCUGAGUGAUGCACCAGGGCCACUACGUCCCUCCCCCUCAUCUGAUGACAUCAUCCAAGAUCUAGAGGACCGCUUGUGGGAGAAAGAGCAAGAGGUGCAACACAUGCGCCGCAACCUGGACCAAAGCGAAGCCGCCAUCAUUCAGGUGUUUGAGGAGAAGCAGCGUGUGUGGGAGCGGCAGAUGGACGAGCUGAGACAGAACUAUGCUUCGCGACUGCAGCAGGUCACACGGCGUGCUCAGCGCUCCCAGACUGCCCUGCAGGCCCAGAUAACCCGUUUGUCCCAGGACAAGCGGAGGCUCCAGGAGGAAAUGGCUGCCCUGCUUGCCCAGAGAGAGGAGCUGGAGAGAAAGUGUCUGGAUUACAGGAAGGAGCAGGCUGACAUACUGCCACGUCUAGAAGAGACCAAGUGGGAGGUGUGUCAGAAGGCUGGUGAGAUCUCCCUGCUCAAGCAGCAGCUGAGGGAAAGCCAGGCCGAAGUGACCCAGCGAGCCGGAGAGAUGGUGGCUCUGAGGGGCCAACUGAAGGAGCUCAACGCCCAGCUGAGAGAGCAGGAGGAGACCAUGCUCGGACUGAAGGAGUCCUACAGCACAAAGAGUCAUGAGCUGGAGAAGUGUGAGGCAGAGCUGAGGAGGACGCUGUCAGAGGUGUCCAUCCUCCGAGAGAAGCUGGGUGUUUUUGAGGCAGAGGUGCUGAGUCUAAAACGAGCUCUGAAUGAAGUCAGCAGAGGCGCUGAGGUUGUCGUCAGCCCAAACUUAGCGGCGGCAGGCCUCUUGCCGCCCUGGGGGGUCGUCCACUGCUCACGAACCCCAACAGAUGCCUCCGCCAACUCUCUCCCCUCUACGUCCGACACCCUGCUGAGUCUUCAGAGUGACGAAGCCAAAGCCCAGAGGCAGGAGGCUCAGAGGCAGCAACGUGAGGAAGCUCAAUGGCAGCAGCAACAGCUGCAGCGUCAAGACGCCCACAUGCAGCAGGACAUGCACAUCCGACCGGAGGCCCAGCUUCGCCAGGAGGCUCACCUCCGCCACGAAGCCCAGCUCCGCCAAGAGGCACAGCUCCGCCACGAGGCCCAGCUAUGUCAGGAGGCCCAGCUGCGCCAGGAGGCCCACCAGUCGCAGCGGCUCCAGGAUGCUCACUGGGACGAGGCGGGUGAGCUGCGCAGGCAACUGGAGCAGCUGCAGGCCGCCCUGCGCCUCGAGAGGCAGCAACGCGAACGCCAGGCUCUCAACUUUGACCAGGAGCGACACACCUGGCAGGACGAGAAGGAGCGGGUGUUGAAAUACCAGGCGCAGUUGCAGCUGAGCUAUGUAGAGACCCUGCAGAAGAACCAGGCAUUGGAGAAACGUAUGAGCCAACUGGGAGCCAAACCCAGCACCGCCUCCACUGCCGCUACCACCACUGUCACCAACUCCUCCCCCUCCUCCUCCUCCAGUUCUCCACCACCUCCACCACCACAAGCCCUUGCAGCCCUCUCUCCUCAGCCACCAUCCUCCCUCCCUGGCCCCAUCACCCUUACUCUCUCCCCACCCUGCGAGGACCAGAAGGGUCCACCUUCUCUCCACCAGCUUGCCCCUCCUUGGGCAGGACCUUCACGACUAGAGAGGAUAGAAUCCACUGAAAUUUAAGCCCUCAAAGACUACACACUUCACCACUCCAACAUACAAGUAAGAACAUUUCAUACAACAACAGAUAAUAGGUAAAAACAAACAUUUAAACAGUUUCUCACAAGUUGCACACCACUUGCUUGUGAAAACGUGUGCCACACUGCAGGAAAACAAAAUGACAAUGUUUAGAUGACAGCACUUACACAGUGGAUGGUCAUGUCAUAGCCCAUGCCAGAAAAAAGGACCAAGACAAUCAGGGAUAUUGUCAGAAAUUACAACAAGAGUAUUAUUAUUAUUAUUAUUAUUAUGCGAUAUUUAUUACUCAUUGUAAGUCUGUGUCAGUCGUAUAAUGUACAAGUAGAACUAGUGGUCAAGAGUGUGUGACGUUAACCUGCAUUUUUGGCCAGAGAGCGCCUUACUCCAUCUUUUCCAGCAUGUGUAAGAGAAUAGGUAACGCUGGGGAUCAAAAAAAAAGAGAAGAAAAUUAAGUGUGAAUAUCAUUUUCAGUGCUUUUAUUAUAAAUAUAUAUACAUAAAUAUCUAUAUAGGCCAGCCACUUAUGCCACAUGGCGAAACACCACUGGACUUUUUCAUGAAAGUCAUAACAUUUCAUGCACAAUGUCCAACAAGCAUGACUCAAACAUAUCCUCCAAUCCAACAGAGCUUUUUUUUCUUAAAAAAAAAACAACAAAAAAACAGCUUUAGCUGAUAAUCAACCCAAUCCAAAUACGAGGACGUGGACGGGAUAGUUUACCGUCACAUGCUGUGACUAAAAAUGAACACGAGAGGUCGGUGUUGAGCUAUUACGGUGCUCCAAGAUCACCUUUCUUUCCUCUUCCUUGAAGCUGUAAAACAGUGACAACAAAUGGAAGCACACAAUCUCAAUUUGGUUGAUGCCAGGAAAGAAAUCAAUAAUCCAAAGUUUAAAAAAAUCUAUAUAUAUAUAUAUAUAUAUAUAUAUAUAGAAUGUAUGUUGUAUAAGAAAGAAAUACACAUAGCUAUAGAUUGUACAUGUGUGUGAAUGAGGGGAAAGUGCGUAUGAAUGAGUGUGUAUGCUCCACUUUAUGGAGGAAUGAUGAUAGAGGGACUAGUGGCAAUACUGCAAGUAAAUCUAUAUUAAAACAGAAUUGCUUUUUUAAUGUUGAGCAGAGUAAAAUGCGCAAUGACGCUUGACAUAAAGGGAAGCGAGUUUUAGAUAUGGUGUAUAUCUGCAUAGUUUAUCGAGACUGAGCAGUGGGAGCAUUCAGGUGAACUGCACUACAUCAUGUCCAGUUGACAUGUACAUUAGACUCCAAUGUGAAUAACAUGGCUUUUAUAUGUGUUGUUUAUGCCAGCAUACAAAGAUGUCGCUCAAGAAUAUUAGCUUAUCGCUAAGGUAUCACAUAGUAUUAUCAUCUUUAAGUACUGUUACGAUAAAUAUGGUGAAAUGACAUGAAAAAAUUGUGCCAUUGAGCUUUCCUUUUUGUGUUUUUUUUUUUUUAUUAAAAACUGUGUAGAUGGCCUAUCAUAAUGGUGUAACCAUAGCAACCAUGUUCAAAAAAAGAAGAGAUGCUCCUUUUUGAUGUAGAUGAUAAAUGUAGUUAUUACAGUAUUGCAUUGUUUAGAGAGCAAAAUGCUAUCAAUUUUAUACAUGUUUCAGAUUUAUUGUUUACAUUUAUGUUACUAAGUAUUGUUCUGGCUUGAUUAUAAACCACAUCUUUGUUCAAAUCAGCAGACUGAAUAAACGUGAAUAAUUCAGCA